AUCUCGCCUGACCCAGAGUUCCCGACAGUUUCCUUUCCCAAUCCAGAAGAGGGACGCUCUGCACUAAACCUAGCCAUUACUCAUGCCAAUCAUUCUGGCUGCUCCAUCAUAUUGGCCAAUGACCCAGACGCUGACCGCUUUGCUGUUGCUGAGAAAAUUGAGUUUGUUGAUUAUAUAAAUGUCUUUACAUCAUAUUUGUCUUAUGAUAAAACAACUACCUGA